GAGACUAUAUGGUUCUGCAAACAGUGCGUGGUCCAGAGGAGGCGGGAGAAAACAACUGUUACGGAAGAAUCAAUUCGACAAAGCAGCCUCCACGUCUUCAACAGAGAAACACCCUUGUAUCCCAGCUGGUGAAGCCCAGUGGGAUAAUGUGGGUUCUGGACAAGAUCCGUGGGUCAGUAGAGACCACUGUUCUCCGGCGGGGGGAGAAUGGGGUCAAGGACAGCAAUACUCCAGUCUACAGCAACGUCCUCACCCCUGAUAAGAUCCCUGACUUUUUCAUUCCCCCCAAGCUGGUCUGCUGUCCCCCAGAGCCUGAGACCCUGGACGUCGUCAAGCCGAAGGAGGGGCUGCGGCCCUCGACUUCUGAGCAGACCAUUGGCAGUAAGAAAAUCAGCAGCCCUCGCAGCCCGCGUCUGGUUGCCAAGCUAGCUGGGGACACCAAGAACCUGUUGAGGGCCGCCAACCGUCACAUUAUCCAGAUAGAGAGCGCUGAUGACAUGGUGGCAGGGGACACCAAUGCUGACCCUCAGUCUCAGACCGCUAUGUCACUGCCCUACGUCCCCAAGACCCAGACUUCAUAUGGUUUUGCCACUUUGAUGGAGAGCCCCCACACCCGCCGCAAGGAGUCCCUUUUCCACUGUGACCAGACCAGCCCCCUGACCUCUCCCAACUCCCAGAGGAAGGGGAAGAGCAGCGUCAGCGAAUGCAACCACCUCAACCCACCUGACUUCAACGCCUCUCACAACCCAUACCGCUACUUUAGUGGAGGGGAGAGUGAUACCUGUUCCUCGGCUGAGUCCUCUCCCUUCAACUCCCCACUUCUCUCCCGCUCUGCCUCGCUGCUCAAAGUCUUCACCCACGAGACACAGGCAAAGGUGGUGAAAGCCAAGAGGACGUUUGCCCGCCACAGCUCCUUGUCCACAGACGAGUGCAGCUCAACCGAGCCCAGUCCCAAUGUGCUGCGACGGCUCCACUCUUCUUCACUCCAUGGCGGUGGGCCGUCGGACCGGGAGCACACCGUCAACCUACACAAGGGCGGCAGGGUGAGGCUCAGCGCCGACUACGAUGCUGGCACGGCCCGCCUGCGCAUUCGCAUUCUGGCUGCCGAAGAGCUCUACGACAAGAUGUACGACAUUAAGAGCAUCAACUGCUGCGUGUCACUGUACCUCAACCCUGGCAAGCUGCAGAAACAGCGGAGCACUAUCAUCAAGAACAGCCGAAAUCCUGUGUUCAACGAGGACUUCUUCUUUGACUCUGUGACCUCAGUGCAGGUGAAGAACCUAGCAGUGAAGAUCAAGGUGGUGAAUAAGGGCACCAGCCUGAAGAGAGACACUCUGCUGGGGGAGAGAGAGAUCCCUCUGGGGAAGCUGCUCCAUGGCCUCUAGGUCUGUCCUGACGAUGCAGAAUAGUACUCUGACUAACACAGAAAGAGACUAUGAAUGAUAAUGUGCGUGAAAAAAGAUAUAUAACUGGGGUUUGCUGUUUGAUUGGUCUUCCCUGUAUUCACAUAGAACUAUCUGAAAGGAAGUCAAUGUCUCGUCUGGUCUAGCAGUUUGUCUCUUAGCUGGUCACCUCCUCAACCUUCUAUUCCCUGAACCUGAAGCCCUGCACAGCCCAACUUGUAAAUCAUGUGGUGGACAAUUGAAUAUGGCACAGGUCAAAAAACACCUGCUCGUUUGAGGGACUCACUUUUUGGACUCUCUUGAUCUCGACGUUGAAUGUCGCAUGGUUACAAUUACAUGUGACUCAGACAAUACAGGAUGCGAGUCUAUGAUUCAGUUUUUAUUCAGCACUACAAUGCUUUUAUGGAUCAGGGCGUCUUUGAUGUUGCCACUAUAACUUGAUGUGCAAAUUAUCCUUUGAUCCUGAUUGUUGUUGCGAUCCACAGUAGCCUACUACCGGAAGGAAGGCCAGUCUGUUAUGUGACCACAAUGUCCAAAACCUGGAGAAUAGAGAUCAGACGUCACCGUCUGCUUCCCUAGCGCUUGGCAUGAAUAUGUAAAUGCAGUGAUAUGUUAGCAGUUUGUACUUCAGUUUCACAACACCCACAAGCCUUACCAAGAGUGAUAGAUAGACAGAAAGAGAGAGUGACAGAGGGAGAGGGGGAGGGUGUAUGCAUUACAUUUUAAAGAGUGUGACAUUAUUCAAAGGUGUUGAACAUAAUUUUAUACAUAGAUGUUGUAUUUGUAUAAGACAUAUGCUUCAGUAUGAUGUAUACUGCAUGACCAAAAGUAUAUGGACACCUACUCGUCAAACAUCUCAUUCCAAAAUCAUGGGCAUUAAUAUGGAGUUGGUCCCCCUUUGCUGCUAUAACAGCCUCCACUCUUCUGGUAAGGCUUUCCACUAGAUGUUGGAACAUUCCUGCGGGGAUUUGCUUCCAUUCAACCAUUAGUGAGGCUGGGCACUGAUGUUGGACGAUUAGGCCUGGCUCGCAGUUGGCGUUCCAAUUCAUCCCAAAGCUGUUCGCUGGGGUUGAGGUCAGUGCUCUGUGCAGGCCAGUCAAGUUCUUCCACACUGAUCUCAACAAACCAUUUCUGUAUGGACCUCGCUUUGUGCAUGUGGGUAUUGUGAUGCUGAAACAGGAAAGGGCCUUCCCCAAACUGUUGCUGCAAACUUGGAAGCGCAGAAUCAUCUACAAUGUAAUUGUAUGCUGUAGCAUUACAAUUUCCUUUGACUGGAACUAAGGGGCCUAGCCCAAACAAUAAAAAACAGCCCCAGGCACUAUGCAUUGGGGUAGGUAGCGUUCACUGAAAAGUCACUGAGCUCUCAGUGAGCUCUCAUGCUACUGCCAAUGUUUGUCUAUGGAGAUUGCAUGGCGGUAUGCUUGAUUUUAUACACAUGUCAGCAACGGGUGUGGCUGAAAUAGCGAAUCCACUAAUUUGAAGGGGUCUCCACAUACAUUUAUGUGACUCCAUACAUGACUUUGUAAAUUAUGUACUGCUGGAGAGUGAACGAUUAGCAGCCCUCUGACCCUGAAAACCUUAUAAUUUGCUGACGUCAUUAUUAUGAUGGUGACCUGUGUUUUCCACUCCUGGCAGUGUAGACAAGCCACUAGGCCAGAGGACUGAGAAAGGAAAAGUAUUUACAAUACAAAAUAUUUACAAUAAACAUGAUUUGACAUGAAGGAUAGCCUUCUACUCUCUGCAUGUACUCUGCUGUCCUUUAAAAUGAAUUACAAUACAUCUGAUCUGAUUGCAAUUUCAAGAAGGAGACAGAGGAAAGAAGCAGAGGUUGUUUCUGCAGAUGGUUAAAGGGUCACCACAAACAUUCAUCUUUGAGAUAUGGAGUUAUUUAAUCAUGUCAAACAUGACUAUUUUACAGAAAAUAGCCAUUGUUUUUGUGAGUUACAUUCCCUGUCAUGUUUUAACCUAGACUAUACAAUAGAGCUCUCUACAAUACCAUUGCUUUUCUCCAAGCUUAUACUUUAUAUAACUUUGUUUGGCUCUCACUGUGAGGAUUUUGUUAUUGUGGAAAAUCUGUAAUCUGCUACGAUACUAUUAAAUGAUUCAUCUGUGUGUGCUCAAUGCUCAUGCUAUGCCUGCUGUACAUGGGUGCGUGCUCACUGAGUUGUAACCAAUCCCUUCUUUGGCUUACAUUGGCAUGACUAAAAAACUAAAAUAUUGUCAGUAGAUUUUAUAAUACUUGAUUGUAGUAGGCAGGGUCAAAAUGUAGCCUGAGUGCUUUUAUGAUGAAAAUUUAAUUAAAUCAAAAAGUGAGUAGUGUAUUUUGGGGAUUGCCAACUAUUUUUGUAAUUGAUUGUCUUUUCUUGUUUCUCAUCUACAGAUGUAGGAUUUUAAUUUGAGCCAGUUUUCUACAGCAGUAAAAUAAUCCUGUGGCAGCAGGAAAUGUGAAUUAUUAUGUGGAUUAUAAUUAAUGGACAUUGUUGUGGGCUUUGAUACAUUUUUCGUUAUGGGCAAAUCAAGUCUUUUCCAAGUGGAAAUUGCAAUCUUUAGAAUCCUUUUUAAAACUCAAGUACACGACAAGUUUGCAUUUCCUACGGUGCAGAAUAAUUCUCAGCAACAAAAGAGUUAUCAAAUUAAGAUCUUACAUCUGUAUUUAAAAAAGACAGCCCAAUGUACAUUUGAACUAGGAAUAAUUCUCCCGAGAAAUGAAAACUGUGCUGGAAGCGAUCUCACUCAACAGGUUAGAUACACAAUUAAAACGUGUAAAAAAGAUAAGCAAAAAUUUCAAAUGGAUUCAAUUAACUUUCUCCUCAUGACUGUGUUUUCAAUUAUGCUAUGAUUUGAAGUGCUUUAAAUACUGUAGGCCAGAUCUCCUUGCUGAUUAUCUUCUAUACCAACCACAGGGUUAAUUAUCCUGGUUGAAUACACUGUAAAUAUAUAUAUAUCUUACUAACUAGGCUGCUUAUGAUGCCCAGGUGUGUUGUUUUGUGGGAUGCCAGUGGGAGGGCUUACUGUCAGCUACAUAAUGGAUAAAUAUAUGUUUUAUACAUGCAGUCAUGUAUCAAAUGAAUACAGUGAUUUUAGAUCUGAGCACCUGAUUUCUAACAGUGGAGGAAUACCCACUAUCCUCUAAGAUGUGUGUUUUUCUCUGUUUGUUAUGGGGAAGCCCAGCACCUCUAUUGGGGGUGCAGAAAACCUGCAGAUGUAUAAUGUAUAUAGCCACUUUAAAUGGGUUUGCCAUCAUAGUAUGGACUUCCUUUUUAGAAUUAGACCUCUGCUUGAUGCAUUAGAUACACAGUUAGCCAAUUUGAUUGCCAGCCUUGAUUUAAGUCUCUGAGGGAUUGCCAGAAUUAACUUUACAAUUAGCUAGCUGUUGGUGUUCGGAAAUCCUUCCUCGUUAUUCUGUGCUAAAUGGCUAUUUAAUUACACAAGCUAAAAAGGUCUGACUGUCAAUUUUUUUAAAUUAAACUCGGAUGACUGCUUAUGCGAAAUAAUGAAAGUGGGGAAGAUAUUUAUUUCAGUGAUCUAAUUUCUGCAGUGGAGAGGAGAUGUUUAAUAUGCUGAACUUGUUCUGUUUCUCAAGAAAAUGAAACAAGUGCCAAUCCGUCAUACUUGAUGCCAAAUUCUUUAAUUGUUAUCUCAAGGUGUUAGAUAAAUGAUGGAUGCUAGUUAGUUUCUAUCUACUGUAUUGUUAUUGUUGGUGUGAGUACUUAUGUAUUUUAUACUAUGAUGUCAUUAGUAAUGGACACCUGUGGGUUUUCCUGACUGUUCCUCAAACUGUGUUGAUAUAGGCCUAUGUAUGACUAUGAAAUGCCUUGAUUAAAAGCAAAUGUAUUGUA